AAGUAGUAUCCACGUUCUAAUUAAUACUAAUUGAUACGAGACCAGCGCACCGGCCGCCAAGAAUAUCGUUUGUGUUGCCCCUGAUUCUUCUCGACGGCAGAGUGCCGCAGAUGGCUUAGACCUCGCGUGCCGCCGAUCUUCUCGACAUCCCGUGCCGCCGAUCUCGUCAACGCCGUGUGCCGCUGUUCUCGUCGCCGCGUUCAUGGAUUCUGGGCGGCAUGACCCAGAGGUCGCGUUGGGGAGCAGUACUGAGGAUCCAUCGUUACAGGUUGAGGCAACGUCAAUUUCAGAAGUCGAUUGGGAUAACUUGCAAAUAGUGGAGACACAUGAUGAAGAAGGUAGAAUUGAACUACUGAGUGAGGAUCAGUUAUGUGAAAUUUUGGGCUUGCAGGAUGAAGAAGAGAAAAAAGGUAAGAGUGAACCAAAGGGUCGUAAAAUGGUUGAGCAGGGCAGUGACAAUGAUGGUGCUGCCAUUCCUGUUAGUGAUGUCAUACCAAAUGAGGUAGUGAUUACAUAUGAUAAGGACCACCCAAAAAUGGACCUUGGCACAAUGUACCCAUCAAUGAAGGAAUUUAGGUUAGCAGUGAGGCAAUUUUUCAUCAAUGAGGAGUUUGAUAUAGGCACAGAGAAGUCGGAUAAAAAGAGAUUUAGAGGGUUCUGCAAGUCAAGUGAGGAUUGUCCUUGGAGGAUUGUUGGCAGCCUACAGGAUGAUAAAUGUACUGUAAAGGUCACAGUUUUAGUUGAUCAACAUGAUUGUGUUUCAAGCAGCAGAGUGAAGACCAUAACGCCAUCGCAAGACUGGGUAGCUAACAAGGCUGUGAGUAUCCUUAGGAGUUCACCUAAUAUGGGUGCUAAAGAAUUACAGAAAAAGUUGCAAGAACAAUCCAAAGUCACGAUUCUAUAUGACACGGUCUGGAGGGGGAAAGAAAAAGCUCUUGCAGAGGUUUAUGGUAAAUGGGAAGAGAGUUUUGAGAUGUUAUAUAAAUGGAAGGCUGAGGUACCUGAAGAGGUCACCUGGAAGUGUUGUGGAGAUUGAAGUACUGGAAAUAGAUGGUAAUGUGUAUUUUCAUCGGUUUUUUUGUGCACUUAAAACAUGCAUUGAUGGCUUUUUGGAAGGAUGUAGGCCACAUCUGAGUAUAGAUUCUACUGCAUUGAAUGGAAGGUGGAAUGGCCAUUUAGCCUCAGCUACGGCAGUUGAUGGUCACAAUUGGAUGUAUCCACUUGCUUUUGGGUUCAUUGCAUCUGAGACAGAAGACAAUUGGACAUGGUUUAUGAAUCAACUUAAGAUGGCCAUAGGAGAUCCUCCACUGCUUGCAGUGUGCACAGAUGCUUGCAAAGGCUUGGAGAAUGCGGUGAAGAAUGUGUUUCCCAAUGCUGAACAAAGGGAAUGUUUUUACCAUCUUAUGAAGAAUUAUUCAAAAAGGUUCCAUGGCUUUGGAAGGAUGUACCCUGCAGCAAGGGCUUAUAGGGAAGAUGUGUUCACUGAACAUAUGGCAGCAAUCAUUAAACAAUCAGAUGAGGUAUGGAAAUGGUUGAGUCAGUACCACACUCUGAAGUGGAUGAGGUGUGUUUUCAAUCCAGAUAUCAAGUGUGACUAUAUCACUAAUAAUGUAGCAGAGGUUUUUAACAACUGGAUCUGAGACAUUAAGGAUUUACCUGUUGCUGAACUAGCUGAUAAGAUUAGAGAGAUGAUCAUGCUUUUGUGGAGGAAGAGGAGAAGGAUUGGAGAAAGGCUACCACCUGGACGUAUACUACCGGCAAUUAUGGUUCAGUUGAGAGCAAAUACUAUAGGUUUGGGGCACUUAAAAGUAGUGGAAUCUGCUAAUUGGAGUGCAGAGGUGUGGGAUAAUAGCAAGAACUGUGAAAGGCAUGUCGUGAAGCUAAAUCAACAGACGUGUACUUGUCUUGAAUGGCAGCAUACUGGUAAGCCAUGUCGACAUGUCUUGGCCUUUGUGACAUCCCAAAAGAGAGUAAACCUUGAACAAUUUGUGCAUGAGUACUACUCGGUGGACAGAUUCAAGGCUGCUUAUGGGAGAGAGAUUGAGCCAAUGACAGAUAAAUCACAAUGGCCACGUGUGGAGCUACCAUUUGUGGUGGGGGCACCACUUGCGAAAAGAAAUAAAGGAAGACAAAGGAAAUUGAGGAUCAAAGGAUGUCUUGAAGGUGGCCACAAGAAAAAAGGUGCCAAUGAUGCUCCCAAGGAUGAUAGCACUGCUCCCACCAAUUCUAAGGGAAAGAAAAUGAUUAGAGGGCCAGUGACUUGCAAGAAAUGUGGCGAAAAGGGUCAUAGGCAAGCUAGUUACAAGUGUCCACUCAAUGGAAGCAAAAAAA